CAGAUGGAGAUGAAGUAGAAGCAGCAGUCUGAUCUACUGAGCAGCAGCGGCGUCUCUUCCACGGAUCCGGAGGUUUCUACAGGGGGGACAGGUGACAGCCCAGCCCGACCUCGAGCAGCCGUCUGAACGUCCAUCGGUGGAAAUUACUGCUGUUUAACCCCCCAACAUCAACACCACCAGCAGCAACAGCACCACACCUCCGCGGUUACCACAAUAGAUGUUACUCACAACUACAUGCAUUUCGAUCUGAUCAUCUAAGCCCCGUCCGCCAAGAUGGAAAAUGCGCACACUAAAUCAGCGACUGAAGUUUUAGACAACUUCGGUGUGAACGAAAACACCGGGCUGACGCUGGAGCAAGUGAAAAUCAAUCUGGAGAAAUAUGGACCGAACGAGCUCCCAGCCGAAGAAGGCAAGUCCCUGUGGGAGCUGGUGGUGGAGCAGUUUGAGGACCUCCUGGUCAGGAUCCUGCUGCUAGCUGCCUGCGUCUCCUUUGUGUUGGCGCUGUUUGAGGAGGGAGAGGAGACCACCACCGCCUUUGUCGAGCCUAUUGUUAUUCUUCUCAUCCUUAUAGCCAACGCCGUUAUUGGGGUCUGGCAGGAAAGGAAUGCAGAGAAUGCCAUUGAGGCUCUGAAGGAGUACGAGCCGGAGAUGGGGAAGGUGUAUCGCAUGAACCGUAAGGCUGUCCAGAGGAUCAAAGCCCGAGACAUCGUCCCAGGAGACAUAGUGGAGGUGGCAGUUGGUGACAAGGUGCCUGCUGACAUCAGGGUGACCUCUAUAAAGUCCACCACCUUGCGAGUGGACCAAUCCAUCCUCACAGGGGAGUCUGUGUCAGUCAUCAAACACACUGACCCUGUUCCUGACCCCAGAGCUGUAAAUCAAGACAAGAAGAACAUGCUGUUUUCUGGCACCAACAUUGCUGCAGGUCGCGCUAUAGGCGUUGUCGUCUCCACCGGCAUCGCCACAGAGAUUGGUAAGAUCCGUAAUCAGAUGGCAUCUACAGAGCAAGAGAAGACGCCGCUGCAACAGAAGCUGGAUGAGUUUGGCCAGCAGCUCUCCAAGGUCAUCUCCCUAAUCUGCGUGGCUGUGUGGGUCAUCAACAUCGGUCACUUUGGGGACCCAGUCCAUGGUGGAUCCUGGGUCCGAGGGGCCAUCUAUUACUUUAAGAUUGCAGUGGCCCUGGCUGUGGCUGCGAUCCCUGAGGGUCUUCCCGCCGUCAUCACCACUUGCCUGGCCCUCGGCACACGCCGCAUGGCCAAGAAGAAUGCCAUCGUCCGCAGCCUGCCUUCGGUUGAAACCCUGGGCUGCACCUCGGUUAUCUGCUCUGACAAGACAGGCACCUUGACCACCAACCAGAUGUCUGUUUGCAGGAUGUUCAUUGCAGACAAGGUGGAGGAUUCGACCUGUGCCCUUCAUGAAUUCUCCAUAACUGGCUCCACAUACGCCCCUGACGGACAAGUAUUGAAAGGAGACAAGCCAAUCCAGUGUGGAGAUUAUGAUGGACUUCUGGAGUUGGCGACAGUGUGUUCCAUGUGCAAUGACUCUUCACUUGACUACAAUGAGGCCAAAGGGGUGUACGAGAAGGUGGGUGAAGCCACAGAGACGGCUCUCACCACCCUCGUGGAGAAGAUGAAUGUCUUCAAGAGCGAUCUGUCUGGACUCAGCAAGGUGGAGCGUGCUGGGGCCUGCAACUCGGUGAUCAGGCAGCUGAUGAAGAAGGAGUUCACCCUGGAGUUCUCUCGUGACCGCAAGUCCAUGUCUGUCUACUGCACCCCCACCAAACCUGGAUCUCAGAGCAAAAUGUUCAUCAAGGGAGCCCCAGAGAGUGUGAUUGAGCGAUGCCAGUACCUGCGAGUUGGAACAGGGAAGGUGAUGUUGACCAUGGCAUUGCGGGAGCAGCUGAUGUCCAAGAUCAGAGACUGGGGAACAGGCAGGGACACACUGCGCUGCCUGGCCUUGGCUACCCGUGACACUCCGCCACGCCAAGAGGACAUGGAUUUGGAGAACUCCACCAAGUUUGCAGAGUAUGAGAUGGGUCUCACAUUUGUUGGCUGUGUGGGCAUGCUGGACCCACCCAGGAAGGAGGUGAUUGGCUCAGUAAAGUUGUGCAGCGAGGCAGGUAUUCGCGUCAUCAUGAUCACAGGAGACAACAAGGGCACAGCGGUGGCCAUCUGCCGACGCAUCGGCAUCUUCAGCGAGGAGGAGGACGUGAUAGGGAAGGCCUACACUGGUCGCGAGUUCGAUGACCUCCCACCAGAGGCCCAGAGAGAGGCCGUCAAAAGGGCACGCUGCUUCGCUCGCGUGGAGCCAGCUCACAAGUCAAAGAUCGUGGGAUACCUGCAGUCAUUUGACGAGAUCACCGCUAUGACUGGAGAUGGUGUGAAUGACGCUCCUGCCCUGAAAAAGGCAGAGAUCGGUAUUGCCAUGGGUUCCGGCACGGCGGUGGCAAAGUCGGCAUCUGAGAUGGUGCUGUCCGAUGAUAACUUCUCUACCAUUGUGGCUGCCGUGGAGGAGGGCCGAGCCAUCUAUAACAACAUGAAGCAGUUCAUCAGAUACCUCAUCUCCUCCAACGUGGGAGAGGUUGUCUGUAUCUUCCUGACAGCCAUCCUGGGUCUCCCUGAGGCUUUGAUUCCAGUUCAGCUGCUGUGGGUUAAUCUGGUGACCGAUGGCCUCCCUGCCACCGCCCUGGGCUUCAACCCUCCAGACCUCGACAUCAUGGACAAGCCUCCCCGCAACCCCAAAGAGCCUCUCAUCUCUGGCUGGCUGUUCUUCAGAUAUCUGGCCAUUGGAGGAUAUGUGGGUCUUGGAACAGUGAGCGCCGCCACAUGGUGGUACCUGUUUGAUGAAGAAGGCCCACAAGUGUCUUUUUAUCAGCUGAGACACUUCAUGCAGUGCACUGAGGACAACCCCAUGUUCCAGGGGAUCGACUGCGAGGUUUUUGAAUCUCGCUACCCCACAACCAUGGCCCUGUCCGUGCUUGUCACUAUAGAAAUGUUCAAUGCACUCAACAGCCUGUCUGAGAACCAGUCCCUGGUCAGGAUGCCUCCCUGGGUCAACAUUUGGCUGCUGGGAGCCAUCAUCCUCUCCCUCUCCCUCCACUUCCUCAUCCUCUACAUUGAACCUCUGCCUCUGAUCUUCCAAGUGACCCCUCUGCGCUGGUCCCAGUGGAUCGUAGUCCUGAAGAUUUCCAUCCCAGUCAUCCUCCUGGAUGAGGCACUGAAAUACGUCUCCAGGAACCAUCUAGAAGGUGAUGAGGAGAAGAAAUAUCGGAGGAGACGGCAGCUGAACUAAGACCUCUCCCUCAACACACUCACACAGUUAGACACACGCCUACCCUCUCCCUUUUUUUUUUUUUUUUUUUUUUUUUUCUCAAAGCUAGAAACCUUUUCUCUCCCCUGUCCUCGUUUCCCCACUCCUGCAUGUCCAACAAACACCACUAGAAAUGAGCAGGGCUUGCAUGAGAGUGCGUGCAAGUGAGAGUGAGCAUGUGUGUUGCUGCGAGCAUGGCUUUGUAGGAGUGUGUGAGCAAAUGAGCAGGCGAGAGAGUGUGUGUGCGAGUGUGAGUGAGCAGGCAAAUGUGUGCGUGGAUUCACAGUUGCAAGAGAGCAUGAUACAGGUGCAAAACAAGAAAAACAAACAUUAUAAAAAAAAAAAACAACAACAACAACCUGGGGCUCUGCUUUUUAAUGAUAACUGCUCAUUGGUUUUUGACUGUACAGUACAAACUACGGUGGUGCAGCAACUGGAUGUUGGGGAGGGAAGGAGAGGGAGGACAGGGGCGAUCAGAGGUUGAUAGGACUGGGUGGGGAGGAGGGUGUUUGAAAUCAGCACAGAGACCGAAAGAGAGAUUGAGAGGUGGGGCCUGCCGGGGAGAAGACCUUGGAGAGACUGGUAUUCACACUGGCAAGAGAAUAGCACCAGCGAGCAUGUGGAAGGUGGCACACCCCUGCUCUCACUUAAAGUUGUGCGCGUGCGCGUGUGUGUGUGUGCGCGCGUGUUCAUUGUCAGGCCAGUGCAGGGAGCCUUUGUGUGAGCCUACGAAUGCAUUAUGUCAAGGUCCUCCUCUGCCGCCCACACUACUGGCAGCCAGCUCUGCAAGGACAGGGCCUCUAUCAACACGGCACAGUUGUGACUUUGGCCAGUGUGUCACAGCACUGUUCCUCCAUCGCUCGCUCUCUUUGUCUUUACUCUUACCACAUAAAAACAAAAGUCUUACUCCUGUUUUGUUGUAUAUUAUGCAGAAUUUGUCUUCUUUUGCCCGUCUUGCUCUCCCUCCCUCUCUCUCUCUCCCUCUCUCUCUCUUUCUCUCUCUUUUUCUCGCUCUCUGUUCGAGGAGGCAGCUGUGGGCCCGGGUCGUGACUCAUUGGGCUCUGAGUCGGAUGUGGAGGUGUUUCUCCUCCUGAAGGUGUGAAUAGCUUUACGCUGCUUGGCCGCUUCCUUUAGCUCUUAUAUUGAGGAGCUGAGGUCAGCUCACAGACUCGGCAAAAAAAAACAAAACAAAACAAACACAAAAUAAUAAUAAAAAAAUUAAAAAAAACAAGAAAUGUGAAAUAUCUUACAGCACCAAACCAGCAUACGAACAGUAAAAGUUGUCAGCCGGUCCACCCAGCUGGUCCUGUUACGCCCCACUUUCAUCUCCAUCUGCCGUGCUGCCGUUGGAGUUGAGGCUGUCACAUAUCUUGACAGUUCUUUUAAUUGUCUAAUUUGACUUCACAGGCCUUUCAUUCUUUGCCUUGCACAGCUGAUGAACCAGCACUAAGCUGAGUAUCAGUGAGUAAAAAUGUUCGGUUGUCUCAGACUGAGAUCAUUUGGUUAUCAAUCAUUACAUCAUCAGUAUACCAAUCACAAAAACAUCAAUGCCUUAGACAGCCCACUGCACCUCCACAUUUAAUAUGUGGUUGAAAUGAAUGUGUUUUUGCGAGCCUUUAAUCAUCCCUUUCCCCGCCACUCUAAUACACAUUUGCAAUAUCUGUCUUUAUAGUGAUAUUCAUACAGAUCACAUGAGGUCUUAAAGACACUGAAUGUCCACCUAGUCCGAAGCAUGUCUUAUAGGAAUCCUUUCUCUCCUCUUUUUGUUGUGCUUUGUGCGCUGCUCCCUCAGCUCCUCUCGCUCCCAGUGCUUUAGCGAUGCAGGCUCACUUGGGUAUUGUUUUAUAAUGACUAAAUAAUAAUGUAUUUGACUGAAUGAACCCAGGUGGUUUGGAUUGUGUCUCUGACUCUUAAUAAUUAUGGGUUUGUUGUGGGCCUUGGUGCUCUGCAGUCUGGGCCAGGCUGAUGCAGUUGGUUUGCAGCCCUCUGCUACUGUUUUCUCUUGCAUCGCUUUCAGAUCUGAUUUCAACAUACAAGAUCAAAAUCCACAGUGUGACUCAGAGCGUGGUAUGGAUAACCUAAAACACUUUGUCAAAAAAAAAAAAAAAAAAACAGCUAUUGGCGAGGUACCCAGCAUUUCUUGGUCCAUUUUGUUUAAAGAUGUGUUUUUCUUACUCUGAUGGAUUAUUUGCAAAAUUUACACGAUGUUAUGCCACGGUAAGACAUCUCCAGUGCAGCUACAUUGGAAUCUGAUAGCUUGGCAGUUUUCAGGUAUCUAAAACAUCAAUAAUAAACGUCAAAUCAAAUAGCAAGGUAUUCUUCUAGAUUAUGAUUUAGCUCUGGCAUCCAGCAAACGGAGAAAUUUUAUCAAAGAACAGGAGAAGAUAUCAAUUUCUCCUCUGACAAUAACCUCAAUAAACCAGAAUGCAAUGCAGCCACAAGGCGAGACUUUCACUUUCACUUUUUAUUGAUUGGGAAAGUCCUUGCUCUGCUGUUGUUAUUGCUCUCUCCAUUUACAAAUAUAACAGACUGCUAAGUGCAGUAAGUUUAGAGAUCCAGUGGAGACUGUGAAAAUGCAUUCUUGGACAUUUUGGGAAAAUCUAACUGAAACUGGGUGCAUCAAAGAAUUACAAUCAGUUACAGCACUUCAUUGGAAAAUAACACCUAGUAAUGCACAGAUUGGUGUGUAACAGUGCAAGAGUAGAUUUUUCUUUUAAUUUUACACAAGAAGCCGGAUGGUGUCUCAAAUUAUAACACGGCUCAAUCUGGAGAGUGCUUACACAACAUGGCAUUCAUGCUCAGUGGUUUCUUCAGUCACCAAAUAUGUUUUUGCCACUUUGAUUUGGAAGUAUGCCACCAUGGGGAUGUGGCCCCUCUGUGCAGACAAAGCAGUGGUUUAGGGCUUCAGUAGACGCUCAUGGCUGCUGCCCCAGUCCCAGAUGCCCAUGGUCCUGUAACAUGCUGGCACUCUGGCCACCAGGCACUAUAGGUCUGUAUAGCCUUGUUAUUUACUACUGAAUCUUCAAUCUCUGUACAGAAGAUGAGAACAUGAUCGCAUGGAACCUUGUUACUGUAAUAAAUAACCUAUACAGUAUGAUAUUUAAUUUUUGAUAUCUUACAUCAAUGAAACCUACUUACCAACAACAAACAGAAUUGCGACAAACUUUUUUUUUUCCUUUGAGCACAUGGUAUCUAAGGAUCUCUUUUUUGUAGAAUAGACAGGUUGUUUAUUCAUUGUUCAUGUUUGGUUUUUACAGUUGCUGGGGUUUUGUGUCUUACUGUAGGGAAAGAAUAUGAUGUAUCAUGUUUAAGAUAGACAAGAAUCAUGCUUACGCUAAAUAGAGUAACGACGAUGAUACUGAUCUUUUCAGUAAUAGUAAUUUGGUGUGAGAAUGUCAAAAGAAUUUGUGAAUGAACUGUGUCUGGUUUACACUGAGCGAUAAGCAGGGACUAAUCCUGGGUUAUGAAGUUUCAAGAGUGCACAUUGAAGGGCUUGGUGUGGGUGCAGGCUCUAGAGACCCAGGACAGUGCUUUUGGGAGGUUGUGCAAUCCCUCUCGCAUGGUACUCAAAACAUCUGCCAUGUUAAAAAAAAAAAAUA